GGCAGUUAUUUGUUACGGAUAUCCCACUACAAAACCCUCGCUCGGUCCUAGCCUCCUUGACCCGUCCACUUCCAUCGGAGCUCUUGCAGCGGCGCCGCCUCUAGGAGAAGAAACUAUGGCUGUUCCAUUGCUGAACAAGAAGAUUGUGAAGAAGCGUGUCAAGAAGUUUAAGAGGCCACAGAGUGACCGUUACAUCUCCGUGAAGGAAAACUGGCGUAGACCCAAGGGUAUUGACUCCCGUGUGAGGAGGAAGUUCAAAGGAUGCACUUUGAUGCCUAACAUUGGCUAUGGCUCAGACAAGAAAACCCGCCAUUAUCUGCCUAACGGGUUCAAGAAAUUCGUUGUGCACAAUGUUCAAGAGUUGGAAGUAUUGAUGAUGCAUAAUAGGACUUACUGUGCUGAGAUUGCGCACAAUGUUUCAACCAAGAAACGGAAGGAAAUUGUUGAGCGUGCAGCCCAGUUAGAUGUUGUCGUGACCAACAAAUUGGCCAGGUUGCGCAGCCAGGAAGACGAGUGAUCACCUUAGCAAAUACUUGGACAUUUUCUUCUUCUGUAAAACUUCCUUACAUCAGGUGGUCUAGUAGUUGGAACUAGAAAAAUUUUCCAGUGAAGUUUUCCUUGGAUUUUUAAUCUUAUAUUGGAUGGUAUGGCCAUGCUAUUUCGUUUUAGUUUUUAACGAGUUCUUUA